AUGUCGAAGUCGUCCUGGGGGCUUCUCUUCUCCUCUCUCAAGCCCCUGGCACUUCUCCUAACCCUCUGUUUCCUUUCCCUUCUCCUCCUCUUCUCCCGCUCUGCCACCUCUCCGCUCACCCCGAAGCAUAACCCUAGCGCCGCCCUUUUCGACCUGUCUUUCGACCUACCCCCGUCCUCCUCCGGUGCCGGCGCCGCCGGCGGCAUACGGAUUCGUCCUGGCAGCCGGAGUUACAGAGAGUACAUUGCCCGGCAGCUGAACAAGACCCUCGACCCCCGUCUUCGCCGCCUCUGGACAACCCGCGACUGGGAGCGCAAGGUCGCCGUCUUCUCCUCCUUCUUCCUCCGCCAUCAGUCGGAGGGGCUCCUCCGCAACUCCUCGCGCGCCCUCUGCGUCGGCGCCCGCACGGGCCAGGAGGUGGCGGCGCUUCGCCGCGUGGGGGUGACCGACUCCCUAGGCAUUGACCUCGUCCCUGCUCCGCCACUGGUGGUCGCCGGCGACUUCCACCGGCAGCCCUUCCCCAACCAGAGCUUCGACUUCGAGUUCUCCAACGUGUUCGACCACGCCCUGCUGCCGGCGAGGUUCGUGGCGGAGGUGGAGCGGACGCUGCGCCCAGGCGGGUUCUGCGUCCUCCACGUCGCCCUCCGCCGCCGCGGGGACCGCUACUCGGCGAACGACCUCUUCUCCGUGGAGGCCCUGGUGGCGCUCUUCCACGACUCCGACCUGGUGGGAACUCGCAAGGUCGACGGGUUCGGCCUCGACACCGAGGUCGUCAUGCGCAAGAGGAAGACGACGACAUAG